AAAUUCGCACACAACUGGGGGAGGAAAAUGGCUCCCCAUCUCUCUUCACCAUCCAAUUUCUGCCAUAGCCACCUCACUCUCAGCAGCCCUCUUUCUUCUACACCAGUGUUCCAUGUCGCUCCAUCUCUCUUUUCCUGGAAUCCCAAAAACUUCAGCUGCCCUCUUAAACUUCACUCCCGCUCAUCUCAACCAACGAUUUCUCUCUCUUCAUUUCCUCAUGUUUCUCUGCGAGAUACUGUUCCUCAAGAACCUCAAGGUCCAUUCCCUAAUCCUUCCGAGCCACAAGAAGAGUCUCCAAACCCAGAUGGGAAAACCGCUCCUUCAUCCAAAAGCUAUAUCUGGGUAAACCCCAAGAGCCCCCGAGCUGCCCAGCUUCGACAGCAGUCGUAUGAUUCCAGGUAUUCGUUACUUACGAAACUCGCUGCGUCUCUGAAUUCCUGCAACCCGACUGAGGAAGAUGUCCUCAAAGUGUUAAAUAGUCUGGGCGAGAGCCCCUUGGAGCAAGAUGCUGUUAUUAUUCUUAAUAACAUGGAGAACCCUGUAACUGCGUCUCUUGCUCUUAAGGUCUUCCAACAGAAACUGAAACCAAAGCGAGAGGUAAUCCUUUAUAACGUAACCUUAAAGGUUUUUAAAAAGAAUCGGAUAUUUGAUAAAGCAGAGAAGUUGUUCGAAGAAAUGCUUGUGAGGGGUGUCAAACCUGACAACGUUACAUUCUCGACUAUAAUCAGCUGCGCGAGGUUUUGUUCUUUGCCCAAUAAGGCUGUAGAGUGGUUCGAGAAGAUGCCAGACUUCGGGUGCAAUCCUGAUGAUGUCACGUACUCGGCUAUGAUAGAUGCUUAUGGUCGAGCAGGUAAUGUUGACAAGGCCCUUAGUUUGUACGAUCGUGCAAGGACGGAGAGAUGGCGCAUUGAUUUGGUCACAUUCUCUACGUUGAUCAAGAUAUAUGGAAUUUCGGGUAACUUUGAUGGGGCCUUGAAUGUCUAUGAAGAAAUGAAGGCUUUAGGAGUGAAACCAAACUUGGUUAUCUAUAACACAUUGUUGGAUGCCAUGGGGAGAGCAAAGAGGCCAUGGCAGGUAAAGUCUGUCUAUAAAGAGAUGAUCAACAAUGGGUUUUCACCAAAUUGGGCAACCUACGCAGCUCUUCUACGAGGAUAUGGUAGAGCCCGUUAUCCUCAAGACGCCCUCGAUGUGUUUAGAGAGAUGAAGGGCAAGGGUUUAGAGUUGAAUGUGGUUCUCUAUAACACCCUCUUAGCAAUGUGUGCUGAUAUAGGUUACACUGAUGAAGCUGUUGAGAUCUAUGAAGACUUGAAGAAGUCUACUUGUAAGCCUGACAGUUGGACAUUUUCAUCCUUGAUUACCAUAUAUUCUUGUAGUGGUAAAGUUUUGGAGGCAGAAAUCACAUUCAAUGAGAUGUUGGAUGCAGGUUUUGAGCCUAACAUUUUUGUGUUGACAUCGCUCAUCCAGUGCUACGGAAAAGCUAAUCGGAUAGAUGAUGUUGUGAAGACUUUCAACCGACUUCUAGAAUUGGGUAUAACUCCCGAUGAUCGGUUUACAGGUUGUCUCCUGAAUGUGAUGACCCAGACGCCAAAAGAAGAACUUGAUAAGUUGACUGAGUGCAUUGAGAUGGCUAAUUCCAAACUGGGUGUUAUGGUUAAACGACUGGUGGCAGAGGAAACCGACAAUGGGUUGUUUAAACAAGAAGCCAAUGAGCUCUUCAAUUCAAUUAGCACAGAUGUCCAGAAGGGUUAUUGCAAUUGCUUGAUUGAUAUCUGUGUUAACCUCAAUUUGUUGGAAAGAGCUUGUGAGCUAUUAGACCUGGGGCUCACACUAGAUAUAUACAGAGGUAUUCAAUCUAAGUCUCCGACACAGUGGUCACUACAUUUGAAGAGUCUCUCUCCUGGCGCUGCCCUGACUGCAUUGCAUGUUUGGAUUAGUGACUUAUCCAAAGCACUAGAGAAUGGGGAGGAGCUGCCAUCGGUGCUUGCAAUAAAUACUGGCCAUGGCAAGCACAAAUACUCGGACAAAGCACUGGCAAGUGUCUUGGAGUCGCACUUGAAGGAAAUAAGUGCCCCAUUCCACGAGGCCCCUGAUAAGGUUGGCUGGUUUUUAACUACAAAUGUUGCCGCCAAAUCAUGGUUGGAGUCGAGGAGAUCAGCUGAACUGGUGACUACUUAGGCUUUAUCUGCAAAAAAUAGUUUCAGAAGUCCAUUGCAUAUUCUCUUUGAAUGGUAUGUGGAUCUUCUCUAUAACUGUUCUUCUUGGUUCCUUUUAUUAUGUAAUUCUCCUGGGAGAACAAAUUUUGUACUUAGUAAUACAAGAAUAGUUUUUUAAACCCUUAAUGUUUUUUCUGGUCUGAGUGUCCUAUCUGUAGAACAUCCACACUUGCUAAUGAUUCAAAAAACACAUAAAAUUUGUUCUGGUGGCCAUUUUUGUUUUGCAUUCAGAAAACUCAUUCUGGCA